CGCACGUUAUAAUGCUCGAAGCCCACGAACGGAACGAACGUUCGACGACAGUCAUUCAGAGCUCGACCAGUGUGCCACACGUUUCGUGGCUUCUCUAAUCCUCGUGCUACGUCGUGCUGGAUCACAUCCGCCCUCAGCAGUUGCCGGUGUCGACGAUCGGACCACCCGAACCAACCGGAACAGGAACUAAGGAUACGGAGAGGAAGAACGAUGCUUUGAGUACGUCGCGUGUAUACCGGACAUCAUAUCCCGGUGAAUUUUCUCUGUGACGCGUCGAUCGUCGAUAGAGGCUAUCCUUUGUCUAUAUGCAACAGUGACCAGUGAUAUUCGACAAGAGAACUACACAGAAUCUCUAAAGGUUGAGCAUCGCGUUUCCUCCGAAUAUUGAUUAUUCGGAAGGAUGUCGAAGUCGGGAAGCAUCAAGGAUGACGAGAAGGGGCCGUAUGACCCGGUUCCAAUCGCCGACAAAGCCAACGACGAGAUCAAACUAGAGGCGAAGAUGUCCCUAUUGAAUGGAAUUACCGUGAUCGUUGGCUCCAUUAUUGGUUCUGGCAUAUUCGUUAGCCCGACCGGCGUUCUCAAGUAUACAGGAAGCGUGAACGCGAGUCUUCUGGUAUGGACAGCUUCUGGUAUCUUCUCCACGGUAGGUGCGUACUGUUACGCGGAACUAGGUUGCAUGAUCAGAAAGUCGGGUGCCGAUUACGCGUAUAUCAUGGAGACCUUCGGACCCUUUCUGGCGUUCAUCAGGCUCUGGGUUGAGUGCAUGAUAGUCCGACCUUGCAGCCAGGCCAUCGUUGCCUUGACUUUUAGCGUUUACGUGUUGAAGCCAGUGUUUCCGGAUUGUGCACCGCCGGACGAUGCCACGAGGAUAUUGGCAGCGUGCUGCAUCUGCAUCUUGGCGUUCAUUAACUGCUGGGACGUAAAAUGGGCGACAAGGGUGCAAGACAUUUUCACAUACGCAAAAUUACUCGCUCUUUUCAUCAUCAUCUUCGCAGGAGCUUAUCAACUCUUCACUGGACACACGCAGUAUUUCACGUUCGACAAUACAAACACAGAAGUGACGUCGAUAGCACUCAGCUUUUAUUCGGGACUGUUCGCUUACAACGGCUGGAACUACUUGAAUUUCAUCAUCGAGGAACUGAAGGACCCUGUCAAGAAUUUGCCAAAGGCUAUUGCUAUCUCGUGCGUCCUUGUUACAACAGUCUACGUUUUCGCAAACAUGGCAUUUUACACAACGCUGAGUCCAGUGGAAGUUCUCGGCAGUGAGGCUGUAGCAGUCACGUUUGCGAAUCGUUUGUUCGGCAUGUUCGCUUGGAUGAUACCAGUAUUCGUCGCCCUUUCCACAUUUGGCGCUGUAAAUGGAAUUCUUCUGACAUCCUCCAGACUCUUCUACGCUGGCGCCUGUGAGGGUCAAAUGCCUGAAAUAUUAACGAUGAUCCAAAUUUCGAGGCUCACCCCUACGCCAGCUGUCCUCUGCAUGACCAUGUUGUCCAUGUUGUAUCUCUGCUCUUCCGACAUCUUCGCCCUCAUCAAUUACGUUGGUUUUGCUACUUGGUUGAGCAUAGGAGUUUCUGUCCUCUGUCUACCAUGGCUCAGAUGGACACAACCAAAGCUGCUGAGGCCCAUCAAAGUGAACCUCUUCUUCCCCAUAAUCUAUAUUCUUGCCACGCUCUUUGUAACUAUUGUGCCCAUGUAUGCCAGUCCUGUGGAAACAGGAUAUGGUUGCCUGAUGAUCCUCUCGUCCAUACCCGUAUAUUUUGUGUUUGUCGCGUGGAAAAGCAAGCCCAAGUUUUUCCAGAAUGGAGUCGGCGCCGUUACCAAAACAUUGCAGAAGAUGAUGGUAGUCGUCGGACCAAAGACUAAGUAAGUGUUACGAAGUUCCUGCAGAAGAUAAUGCUGGUCGUCGGCAAGUCGAAACCCGCUCAGGUUUAACCGCAGUCACAAUGGAUCCUUUCGACAACGAUGACUUCCGGUUCCAAGAGAACUAGACACUAUUCAGAAUGCUCAGAGGAAAUUCCGUUUUCUUUAAGAAAAUUUAUUUCAUAUUUAUCUACGUGGCAAAUUUGAAAAGUCUGUGCAAACUUCAAAAUAUCGGAUUUAAAAAUCUAAUUCAAUUGGAACAAUAUUCGUUCUCUGAGCAUAAAGGGCGUCCUUAUUAGAGGCAGCCAUAUCAAAUCAGGACGCCUACCAGUAGACAACAAUAAAAAUCUGGUUCUCUUGUCUAGUCGCCAUCCGUGUUAAACUGGUUUCGGGAUUUUUGCGGUAAUUUAUCAUUCACACGUUUCAUCCAACGGAGGUGUAACAUCAUAGACAACCAAUGACCACAAAGAACUGCUGUAUUUUAACAUAAAGAACCAUCGGCAUGUAACUACUGUCAAAAGGAAACAUGAUUUGCCUCUCCACUGGAUACGUGAAUACGACUUGAAAGAGACAUUCUAUCGUUAUUAUACCGUUUCAUUGCACAUUGUAUCAUUUCCAUUCCCGUGAUUCGACCCUUCGUUUCAAACUUUGUAUUACUAGAUCUUGCGUGGAAAUGAUAGUUCAUAGAUUCUUUGACAGUAAUUAAUUUAUUAUUCCUUCUUCUUAUAAUCUUCGAACGAAAUUAAUCCUUCGUGAUCCAAGUAAUAUUUAACAAAUAAUUGCAAAUGGUUGUUACUUAAUUUUUUAUUGUAGUUGCUUUCAAGAGCGGUAUACGAUUUAUAAAUUAAUACAAUCUUCAUGCAAUAUGUAUUAAGAAUUAAAAACUAUGGUUUUAAAUAUUAAAAGUGGAAAAGUAAAAUAAAAUAAGGUGAAAAUAACGAUUCUAAGUAGGAUUACAAAGGAUUAAUUGUAUAGUUUUAUAUGGUUACAGCCGUAGAUAGUUUUCCGAUUAGUUAUUAAGAUAAAAAGAGAAAGAAAAGAAUAAAAAGUAAAGAAACGAAGGGUGAGAAUAUUAUAACGCGCUGACACCCGAUCGCAUAAUAUGUACAACAAUCGCGUUUUACUGCCACUGUUGUUGGCGCGUGCACCAUGUAGGUACACUAUAAGUACACCAUAGAAUCAUGAAGCUCCAGAUUGCGAGCAAAAUUUCGUAAGAGGACGGACAGCCACUCGAGUAACUCUGGCUAUUCAUAUAUACCUUGUUCCUCUCUUUUUACUUUCUUUUUAUUAGACUUUGAACGCGCGUUUAACAGGAAAAUUUAAUUUCAUGUCUGUGUAACACAGAGCAAGCUUACGAGCGUACGAAUUUUUAUAGUUUUUAUACCUUUUUAAGCGUAAUUUAAGAUUUUAAAAACGAUUUUAGUCGAUUUUUUAGCGUUUGUAUCACUUUUAAUCAUUCCUUCUCUCGGCCUUAUUUUCUUUCGUGAAGAAUGGUGCGUGCAUCCAGCGUGAAUGUAAAUAUAGAAGAUGUGAAGGCUUAGUGACAAAAUUGUACCGAGCAUGGCGUGAGUUUAAACUUCAAGAAAAUUUCCAAAAAAGAAGUAGUAAAUUAAAUUGUUAUGAAAAACUAAAGAAACCUUUUGUGUGUACCAGUUGACGAUUGUGAAUCCUGCUUUAAGUUUAUCGUUAGUGGAAGGGAAAAAUCGCAGAAUCCAAAUGUUGCGAGGCUUUCCUUUAUUCUUCAUGAAAUAUCAGAGGAAAAUGAAAGAAGAAAAAUAUGAUGCAGCUCGUAAGAUUGUCCUGUUCAUUUGACGAAUUUAAUUUAGUCGAACUAUAAUACAUACUGCGAACCUCUUAAGACUUAACCCAUUAUCUCAUCUCCUAUCACUCACGGAUACCAUAGUUUACACGCUGUGAUUCUUACUUUAUCUUAGAGAUGCAUUUUUUUUGUAAAUAUCGAUUUUUGCAAACGAUUGCCAACGCACGGACCUUUUCGGACGGAAAUUUUGAAAGAUUUUCCUUUCCUCACGGGUGCGAUACAAUUGGUAGACUGUGAGAUUUAAGACGAUGGACAUUUUUUGGUAGCGAUCGUGAGACUUGUUUGAACGUUUUAACAUAUCUAAAAAGUAUCACCUGUUUUGAUACAAAUUGUUUAUAAACUGACAUUUUUACUAGCCAGAAAAAGUUUCAAGUCGCAGCAACGUCUUUAUUCUUUAAAUGUUUCGCGUCACAAUUUGCAAUCUUUUCUUCAAGUAUAACGAAGAAAAAACAAAAUACGUGAUUUUAUUUGAAAUUAUUUAGGUAAAUCGAAAAACUUCUAAAAGCAUUCGUGUUUCGAGAUUUUUUAACAGACAAGAAACUAUCAAAAUUUCUAAUCUGAAUGAAGGUGAAAAAGUUAUUCUACCACAGAGAAUAGAAAAGAAACUAGAAAAUUCGAGCAUAUCUGUAGCAAAAUUAUUCUAGGACCAAGAUUUUUCUAAAGAGUGUUCUCUCGGUGUUAAGUCUUGUCUAAUUAAAGAAACGUCCUGAUGCGUCCACGCGUAAGAUCCCAAAGUAAUUGAAUUACUUUUACCGAAACUCGCCAGCCUGGAUAAUUCGCAUGAUCCAAAUUUGUUUUGGAACAAAAUAUGUUUGGUGGUCGGAAAAUUGAAAUAAGAAUAAAUAGUAAUAUAAUUUUUUAAUAUGUCGAGAAAUGAAUCUAUGAAGCGGAACGUUCUUUUUAUAUCAAAAAAUUGAAAUGAAUCGGUUAGAUAUUAAUCAAGUAUUUUGAAAAUUCAUUCAGAACCACUUGUUUCGAAAUUUGCAGAUUUUUUAACUCUCUAUCUUCUUUUAUGCAUUCAAUAGUUGAAACACAAUUUUACAAACAGGGGUUUUUCACAAAUUUUCUUUAAUAUUAUUUUUAAUGUAAGAAAUCUCACCUCACAGUAAUUUGCACUUCUUUCAUUUUAGUCGAUACUUUAAUCGAUGCUAAUUGCAAUCACCGAUCAAAAAUUAAAACCAAACAAUCAGACCAAACAAAUUAGGAAUUUAAGAAGUCGCUAGAUGCUCAAUGUGUAUGUAUUUCUUUCCAACUAGCGAUUUAUAAAGUCAGACAAUAUCUUUUUCCUAAUUUAUAUACAACUUUCCCAUUGGAGAGUAUUAAGUGUUAAAUAGGAAAGGGAGGAAGACGAAUCGUCGAUGUUUGCAAUUACGAUUAAUAUCUAAGUUUUCCGUGGUUUGGCUGUUUUUGAGGGAUACGUUUCGACGAUCGUCGUCAACUCCCAUGGAAAACAACUGACUUGACAGAGUGUCCAUCGAUGCACGGCCUAGUCGAUCAUUGACGAUUCAUUACUUCGUCCAGAUAAUUAUACAAGCGCCAGGUUGAUCUCUUUCAAAAGAAAAAAUACAUCUAAAUGAUGCGAAAUAUUAAUCCUGAUUUAUUAUCGAUAAUGUCAUUGAUAUUAAUAUUGACCGAUAAUCAUGCUUUAAGCGUUUACAAACGUUUACGAAACGCAUCCAUAACCUCAAAUGAAUUCCAUAAUUUAAUUACUGCAAUUUAAAUACUAAUUGCACGCACAAGUACUAAUUGAAUAAUACGAAUUCUAUAGCGUUUGGAAAAAGAUAGAAAGAGUAAACCAACGCCGAAUGGACCGACGCUAGCGAUAGCGAUUCUAUAAAUAAAUUGUAGCAAAACGAGGAGGAAUUGCAUAUUUUUGACGAUGAAAGUGUCGAUGGCCACUCUGACACAUGUGACAAUAAACAUCUGUUAAUUAAUUAGUCAGGUGUAAGUAAGAUAAAAAAUAACAAAGAAAAAUCUAUGAACAGUUGGAAUGUUUGUAAGAAUUCGAUUUUUGUAUUAUUUUUUUAUGUUACGAAAUACCAGCGUGUACUUGAAAUGGCUUGCGAGGUAAAGAAGAAACGUUUGUCUCGACGCAUUACUCUAUGGUGGUUGCAUCAUUUUUAUUUCAACUUCUGGAGUUUCGAUGAAUCGUAAGUAGCAAGAGAAGGUUGUAUUAUUUUUAUAUUGUACAUAUAAUGAUAAUAUAACAAUGUAAGAUAUAUGCGGAUUUGUGAAAAGAUGGAAGAACCGGAAGUUGAGAAUCUUAGGCGAAUGUCGUUAUGAAGAAUCAAAGAAUUUACAAAAAAAAUUUCUUGCGAAUGUCAUUGAAAUUGUAUUCGUGAGUGUUCAAACGAAUUUUCAGAGUUAAUAGAUGGAAAAAGGCGAAAAGGUUAAAGGAUAAAAGUGCUGCAACCACGUUUGCGAGCAUUUAAAAGCACAUAAAAUGUACGAAUUCAUGUUGAAACGCAUAAUAAUUAAGAGGAAACGGUGCGAAAGCAGGAAGUAGCUUAGAAUCUAGACGAAGAAAAGAAGGAAAUUGGGGUCGAGCAAACUGUGACAAUAUAUUGUAUUAUAUAACA